AUGGGUAACACAAAUCGAGCUGAGGCGGAGGAGGAAAGUGUUGACGAUGACUCUAAUUCCGAAACAUCAUCUCCAGUUUCAUCCUUCCCCUCACCCACAUCUCUAGACACAGUCAUCGCCACUUCCUCUGCGUCUCAUAGUCGAAAUUCCUCACUUGACACACUCACCGAAGUUGGUGGUGUCAAGGGUGACAGUGACGUGGAGAUGAAGAACCGUGUCCUAAAAAGCAGCUGUAUCGUGCUUAAAAAGCUCUCGGAGGUCUCAGAGAUCGAAGAAGUCCUAGAACGCGUGUGUGAGACAAAUGCGAAGAAUGAAAGAAUUUUGGCGUGCGCACCCGAAAUCUCAAUCAAAUUUAGGCUUAACAUACAGUGA